UUUUAUAGUAAUUUAAUCGCUCACACCUUCGGAUUUCUCCAAAUUUAUACUCGUAUCUACAUUGGUGAAUUCAGUGUUGCAAUAUGGCGUAUAUCAAGAAAUUUCUUCUUGUACUUGCACUUCUUGCACUGAUAUUAUGCACAGUCGAAUUUAUUCCUGGAAAUGCUAGAAAACUAACUACCGAAGCAAUUGUUGCUUGUAUAGCAUUCAAUUACAAUAAUACACUGUGUAACAAUUUUUGCAUCGCUGCAAAUUAUACAGUUGGAGAAUGUACAUUACGGAAGCAUGGACAGUUCAGAAACGUAGGCGAAAAAGAAUUUGUAUGUGUGAUUUCGUUUUCUUCUAUCCAAGAACGACGUUCUGCAGGAUCGAAGAUUCCGUUUCGUAAUUUAAACAAUGUAAUCGCAAAGAAGUCUGAUUGAUUUUACCAGGUAGCGAAUGUCACCAUAAGUUUAUAGUCACGUAAUAAUCGCCAUGAGAGGAAAAGUUUUUAUAUUUCUUUUAUUCGUAUGUUGCUUCUGAGAUGAUCUGUUUGAAAAUCUUGCAAAUUUCAACUGAGGAUAAGUAUAUAUUUAU